UAAUGGCUCAAGAAAAAAAGAAAAGAGCAUCUAAAUAUCAAAAGAUUCCUUUAGAAACGAAAAAAAAAAUUAUCAAUAAAGUUAACAAUAAAUGUGUACCGAUUUGGGAUGUUGCAGCUAAUUUUCAAUUAGCUGCAUCAACCAUUCAGAGUAUUGUAGAUCGUUUUGAUAGAGAAGGCCGAAUUACUUCUAAACCACGAGGUGGUGAUAAAAAAUCAAUAUUAAAUGAGCAACACAAAAAUUUUUUAGAGGAAGCUAUUGAGCAGGAGCCUUGGAUUACUAUUGCAGAUCUAAUCCAAGAAUUAGUGGAUCAGUUUCCAAAUCUACAGUUAAGUGAUCGGACUGUUGCACGGUAUAUAAGAAAUAUGGGUUUUACCUUAAAAAGACUGACAGUAGUACCAGAAGGUCGAAAUUCUGAUGACACAAUUCAAAAAAGAAAACAAUAUGUAGAAAGAAUUUAUAAUGAAAAUAUUAAUAUUUAUAGUGACAUGGUUUAUAUUGAUGAAACUGAUUUUAAUCUUCAUCUUUCAACAUCGAGAGGUCGUGCAUGCCAUGGGCAACCAGCAAUCCAUAAGGUUGUAAAUAAUAGGGGAAAAAAUAUAUCCAUUAUUGCUGCAAUUAAUGAAGAUGGAGUCUUGCACUAUAAGUCUAUUUUAGGUUCAGUAAACGGAGAAAUUUUGACUACUUUUAUUAAUGAACUUAAUGAUAUUAUUCCAAGUGAUAAGUUUUUAGUAAUGGACAACGUUCAUUUUCACAGAACUGAUGUAGUUAAAGAAGCCGUUAAAAAUACUACACAUGAAAUUUUCUACCUCCCUCCUUAUUCUCCUUUUUUGAACCUGAUUGAAAAUUGUUUUUCAAAAGUUAAAAAUUCUGUUACAAGAAUUCAUUUAAGAAAUAGAGAAACCAUUUUAGGUAGGAUUAAUGAUGCAUUCAAUAUAGUUACAGAAGAGGAUUGUAAAGGAGCUAUUUUGGGUGUUUAUUAUUUUAAUAAUAAAUAUGAUAAUGUUGGUAAUGAAAAUGAACUCGUUGCUGAAAUAGCUGCGAGCGUUUUUAGAGCUGCUGCACUAUCUGGUGCUUCUACUAGAAUUCAUGAGGUUUUGGAAUUAUGUGACAGAAUAGAACAAGACUAUAUUGGUAAAGGUUUAUUGCGAGCUGUUCCAAG